AUGACGGAAGUUGACAGAGCCGACUACGAAGAAUGGAGAUACCAGGAGAGUCUCCCAGACGAGAGGAACCAGCUGGAGCAUGCGUUUCGCCUGCUCGAGACAUACAGCGGCAUUCCACACGAUGAAGUCGAGGAGCAUGUCCGCGUUCUUCGCGACAAGGCCUGGGCUGUGUUCCCGUACCCAUGCAUCGGCCGCUGGCGGUUCCUCAACAUCUACCUCGCUUCGACGCCAUACUAUCCAGAGAUUCUGCAGACCUUGAAAGGCGAGUCGGGCGUCUUCAUCGACGUCGGAUGCUGUUUUGGACAAGUCCUGAGGCAGUUGGUCGUGGAUGGCGUCCCAUCCCCCAAGCUUGUCGGCAUUGAUCUGCGGCCCGAGUUCUUCGAGCUUGGGUACGAGCUUUUCCGCGACCAAGACCGUCCGCCGGCGAAGUUUGUCGCCGCAGACCUUCUCAGCGGCGAGGGUGGCGACGAGCUCAACGGGACCGCGAGCAUCGUGCACGCGGCCAGUGUGUUUCAUCUAUUUGGCUGGGAGGACCAAGUUAAGUUGGGCGUCCGGGUGACGAAGCUUUUCAGGCCGGAAGGCGAGGCUGUUGUGUUUGGCAGGCAGGUAGGGAAUUAUGAGCCCAAGGAGCUAGAGGAGCACACGUCUCUCGGGCUGAAGAGGUAUUUUCACAAUCCAGAGACAUGGCAGAAGCUCUGGGACGAGGUUGGGAACUUGACCGGGUCAAAAUGGAAGGUCGAUGCGACAAUGAUCGACUGGGUUCUUGGGACAAAGAUGAACCGGCCAGGCAUUCGCUUCGCGGUGAGAAGGCAGUAG